GGUUUUACGGGUUGCCGCCAGUGUAAGCAACACCUCUCCGUCGUCCUCCCGAGGAAGGCGGGGCAACGAAGGAAUUGCUGACUAGUGAUUGGUUGCGGCGCUCUAGGAACGUGGCUACAGGGAGUUGGAUAAUCCACGCUCGGCUUUAACUGGUUGCCAAGAGGCGGGGCGACGCGACCGCUACUGAAGUGGCCGCCGUGGCGAGGAGAGCCAUGGGUCAGGCGGCGAAGGUUUUGCAGCUUUUUAAAACACUGCACAGGACCAGACAGCAAGUUUUUAAAAAUGAUGCCAGAGCAUUAGAAGGCAAAAUAAAGAUAAAUGAAGAAUUCAAAAGUCAUAAAAGUGAGACUUCUUCCAAGAAAAUAGAAGAGCUAAUGAAAAUAGGUUCUGAUGUGGAAUUGUUACUCAGAACAUCUGUUAUACAAGGUAUUCAUACAGACCACAAUACACUGAAAUUGGUCCCCAGGAAAGACCUUCUUUUAGAAAAUGUGCCAUAUUGCGAUGCACCAACUCAGAAGCGAUGAAUUUUUUAGGAUGGACCAAAUCUUUGUACCUUUUGAUUUUAAGAGAUAACUCUGGCAGAAGUCCUAGAUGUACAGACAUUCUUCUCAUAACUGACAUAUUGAAAACUGAUGAAUUAAAGAAUAGCUUCAUAAUUAAAUUUCACUUUAAAAAGACAUUGCUGAGAACUGCAGAACAUAAGUGCUUCUAAAGAACAUUAGAUAAGAACACAUUUCAUUUUCAUUGAAAAUCAAACCGUAUAAAGUAAAAUAAAUGCUUAAGGAGGCAUAUUGCAUUAUUUUUUUUUACCUUAAUAGUAUUUUGGACUUAAAACAGCUAUUUGAGAAUGCAGUGUUUUGGCAAGUUGGUGAGUUUUCCUCUCUUGUGAAAUGCAAUGAUUAUGUUUAAAUUAUUAGAUUGGGGCCGGCACUGUGGCAUAACGGGUGGGGCCACCGCCUGUAGUGCUGCAUCCCAUAUGGGCGCCGGUUCUAGUCCUGGCUGCUCCACUUCCAAUCCAGCUCUCUGCUGUGGCCUGGGAAAGCAGUAGAAGAUGACCCAAGUCCUUGGGACCCCUGCACCCUCGUGGGAGACCCAGAAGAAGCUCCUGGCUCCUGGCUUGGGAUCGGUGCAGUUCCAGCUGUUGCGGCCAAUUGGGGAGUGGACCAGUGGAUGGAAGACCUCUCUCUCUCUCUCUCUGCCUCUCUUUCUAUGUACGCUUCUGACUUUCAAAUAAAUAUUUUUAAAAAAUAGAUUAAAAUGAUGUAUAGCCCCACAAAAAUUAUUUUUUGUUUUUACCUAGAAACCUUUUAUUUGAGGUAAACAAACUUCACUUUAUAUAUACAAAUUUAGGAACAUAAUGAUUCUUCCCACCUUUCCCUCCCUCCUGCCCAUACUCACAAACUUUUAAUUGAUCAAAAAUCAUAGUGUGUGACAGCUUUCUACUGAAACAGGCUUCUGUUUCCUAAAGAGCUGUAGUUAUUUGUGCAGGUAACAAAUAAUCGUAUUGUUUCAUUUUACAGAUAGGCAGUGUCUUUGUGUUCUUGUAAAGACAUUUUCUUUAUCACUUUUCUGAAGACAAAUAAGUAAAAUAUAAAAACCUCCCAGAAUUACUAUAAAGCAAUCCUCAUUUUUAUAAGAAAAGUGGCUCUUGAUCAGACUUUAUAAUGCAGACUUAGUAGAGUAAGCGAUGUUUAGACCACAGACUUCAUUGUGAAGAUAUAAUAUAUGGCUGUUUUCUCCUCUUUUUCAUCAAUAAAACUUAAAUGACUUCGCUUUACACAUGUUCCUUCCCUGUUGAGAUUGUCAGUAUCACUGAAGGAUCAGCUCUUCUACCAUCUAAUGCUUGGAACUAGAAGAUCAUGUUUCAUAUUUUUUUUUCUCUUCUAUCUUUGCUUCCUUUUCAUUCUGUUUUCUCAGUGAACAGUGUGUUUUAUCUCAUUCACUGAUGAAUUGUCCCAUCUCAUGAUGAAACAGGGUUUUUUAACUUUGAAAAUUUGAAGAUUGUCCAUGUAAGCUUUCUUUGAUGGCAAACUUACUAGUUUACCCAUACUGGAUAUUCAAAAUAUCAAAUAUUAUCAUCUUUGCAAAUCUAGGAGAUAAAAUCAAAAUUAGUUAGACAUAAUACGCUUAAACAUUAAACCUGAGACUACCCUUAAUGCUUCCUCAUACUUUUGAGAUCAGGUGGAUUAUACCCGUCAAAAGAUUAACUUCAGGGGACCCGGUAUUGUGGCUUAGUAGGUUACGCCACUGCCUGCAAUGCUGGCAUCCUAUAUGGGCACCUGUUGAAGUCCCAGCUGCUUCACUCCCAGUCCAGCUCCUUGCUAAUAUAAUGUGUCUGGGAAAGCAUCACAAGAUGGCCCAAGCCUGCACCCACAUGGGAGACCCAGAAGAACCUCCUGGCUCCUGGCUAUGUACCGGUCCAUAGCCACUCUGAUCAUUGUGGCCAUUUAAGGAGUGAACCAGCAGAUAGAAGAUCUCUCUCUGUAUCUACCUCUCUCUCUAAUAAAAUAAAUUUUUUAAAAAAUUA